AUGUCAGUUUCUCCCGAGGCUGCGGCGAUCAUUCAACGCAAGAAGGCAAAAUAUUGCCGAUAUGCCGAUUCCCAGCAAUGGCACCGCUUUGACGAGAUCAUGCUUCCUGAUGCAACCUACGUAUUCCGCGAUCGCGAUCGCGACAUCAUAACAAUGAGCGGCGUUCAAUGUUCGUGGUCCUCGCGGGAGGAGUGGGCGGCGUUCUUCAAGAACGAGAAUAAAGACAUUCAGGCUGUGCACUUGGUGGGACCAGCAGAGAUGGAGCAGAUCUCCGCUGAUGAGAUCAAGUCUAUCUGGGCGGUUAUUUAUCAUGCUGGUACUAAGGAGGCUGAAGGGGGUAUGCAUGGAACAGGCGGGGGUCAUUAUCAUGAGAUUUGGAAGAAAGUGGGUGAUGACUGGUUUAUGAAGAGCAUGGAGAUGGAGAGACUCUAUUGGAAAGUCGUAAGCUCGUGA